AUGGCCGACGACGAUUCUUCGGAUCUAUCUUCGAUUUCAUCGCUCUCGGAGCCACCUUCUGAAGAUGAAUCCGACAUUCAAUUGGAAGAGCGCCAUGGCAUCCUGAAAUUCUUCCACAAGGUCGACAACAACCCGGCCCUAGAGCCCAAGGAGAAGACUCCUCCCCGACCGAAGCGGGAGCCCUCCCCACCGCACGAAUAUGUUCUGGCUGACAAUCCAGACAUUGCUUUCAUCGUCAUGUUCCGCGCCCGAUUUACCGAUGCUUUUCCUAAGAGCCUCGCAAAUUUCGGCCCUCAAGAGCUCGAGCGUGACGUCGUCGAUGCGAUCCCAGGCGAGCGUGUUGAGCAUUUUCUCUGCGCCCUCCUGAGCCUGCUCCUGAACCGCAAGCAGGAUGUCAAGCCCGGACAUUACAACCGUGCGCUCGAGGAAGCUAUCCAGACCCAUAAAGGGCAGUGGGCGAAGGACUGGGAGAGCCAGAACCCGGUCGCGGGCCAAACAACCUUUGCCUCGAUGACCCCCGUACAAAGGCUCACCCUCCUCCGAACGCUGGUGCAAUGGACUCUCUCAUCCUCGGACGCGGUCCGAGCGAGCAUUAGCCAAGCUUAUAAGAACCGACAUGACGACGAUCUCAACAUUCCCUUGAGCGUGCAACCGUGGGGCGGCGAUGGCGACAAGCGGCGGUAUUUCCUAAUCGAGGGUAAUGACGAUACCUCAUUCCGCGUGUAUCGAGAGAGCAACCCGGCCGGCAUACAAAGGACGUGGUGGAGCGUUGCCGGGAGCAUAGAAGACUUAAGAUUGCUAAGCGAGAAGCUCGAGACACAGGACCGCGGACCGAAGGCGAAGGUGUUCGCUAAGAGGAUCGUGAAUAGCAUACCGCGAUUCGAGGCGACAGAAGAAAAGAGGCGGCGUAGAGAAUACCGCCAGAUGCGCAAGGAGCAGUUCAGACGACCGGAGCCUGGCUUCUCGCUCUACGAAGGGCGUACGCGGGGGAAGCGGAUGAAGUACACAUAUUCCGACGACGAGGCCGAUUUCUACUCGGACUCCACCAACCGCCGUUCGACCCGCAACACCAGGCACCAUACCCCGGCGGAGCCCAGUGGCCCUCUUACGACGGCUAGCGGUCGGCAGGUCCGGGCGCCAACUCGUUUGAACGCAGAGAACGCCAGCACCAGGGCGCCGAGCGCUUCCACGAGUGUACAGGGAGACGGUGAUGAUGCAGAGAUAAGGCAUACCAGUCGCUCUGGACGCCCCCAGAGGUCUGCCGCCGCUCACCGCAGCUCGAACGGGUGGGCGGGCAAGAAGCGUAAGAGCGAGGAGUACGAGUGGGAUGAGUCCGAAGAGGAGGGGAGUGAGCCUGAAUUCGGCGACGAUGAGGAAGAGGAGCACGUCCCGGAUGAGUCGGAAGUCGACGAGGAGGAGUUUGAACAGGACGAGGUGUUGGACGAGGAUCUUGAGGUGGAGAACCCCAGCUUCAUGUUCAAGUUCCCCAUCAGGGUCUCGUUUGACGAGGACAGCAAGGUGCGACAGAUUCCCGGCCCGCCUGUCGCCGCCGAGAAACACAAGCACGCCAGAGCAGCGCACCGGAAUGUUGUUGUUAGCGACGAUUCUGAGGCCAGCGGCUCCAGCCCCGAGCAGCCUAUUAUCACGGAACCGGAACCACCUGCGGCUGAUGUCAUUGCGGUUGCGACGAAGAGCGCGACCACUCUUGGGCAUACCGAACCACAACCCGAAGUCAACGCUGGCAACUCAGCCGAGCCGAUGGAGAAGACCGAAACUGCUGUGGACCAGUCAAAGACCGAUACAAGCGAGGUUAUCAAAUCGCCACCGACGCCCUCGAGCGAGAAGGCGACAUCCCUGGCUCUUAGGGGGAGCCCGGAGGUUGCCAAAUCAGUUCCUCGGGUUGUUGAUAUCACCCCAGCAGAGUGA